GGUUCGCUGGCCAGGCUGUGGACACAAUGGACGGCAGUGUACAAAACAAUAACAGUGAUGCUUCCUGCACAAAAGAGGGGAUGGUGGCUAACCUCCUGAGGUCAGCAAAACGCCUGCUCAAGCCACACACAGGGAAGAGAGAGGGAUAGAGAGGGGGACAGAGAGAGACAGAGAGGUGGAAUGGGACAGAGGCAGGGACAAAAUGGUUGGACAUAGAAAAUGAUGGAAAGAGGGAGAAACAAUGAGAGAGAGAGAGAGAGCGAGAAAGAGAGAGAGAGAGAGAGAGAAAGAGAGAGAGGGAAAACAAACAGAGAGGGAGAGUGCUUUACUGCUGAUAGAGAUACGCGCGCAGUGGAGGCCGGGAACAAAGCAACACGCCGAGUCAGCAGGGUUGGGCAGAUGAGCGCUGCUCUCCACGCCCCCCCCACCCUCCAGAACAUCCAUCCAAUGACGCAGUGGGGCAGCCAUGUUCGCUCUGAAAAAGGCUCUGGAUAUAUAUGUAUAUAUAACCCCCACGCUGGCCCAGGUGCACACUUCUCUUGGGCCUCUCCAUCCCCUCCUCUGCCUCCACUCGUCCUCUUACAUUCCAGUUCUCUGUACCUGACUGCAACCUGUUCGCUUCAGCCAUGUCUCACUCUGCGGUCCAAGGUAGCAUUGGGAGCCACUCGGCCACCGGGUUCCGCAGCCACAAAAUUUACCUCUACGAAUUUGAGAAUUUCCAAGGGCGCAGGAUGGAGCUCAGUGCUGAGUGCCGUAACCUGUGUGAGAAAGGCUUUGACAAAAUCGGCUCCAUCAGAGUGGAGUGUGGCCCUUGGGUGGGCUAUGAGCAGCAGAACCUGAGUGGUGAAAUGUUCAUGCUGGAGAAGGGAGAGUAUCCCCGCUGGGACACCUGGUCCAACAGCUACAGGUGUGAUCGCCUCAUGUCCGUCAGACCCGUCCGCAUGGACGUGCAAGAUCAUAAGAUCUGCCUGUUUGAAUGCAUGAACUUUGAGGGUCGUAAAAUGGAGGUCUGUGAUGAGGACAUCCCCAGUCUGUGGUCUUACGGCUUCCAGGAUAGAGUCGCUAGCAUCCAGGUCCUCGGUGGAACGUGGGUCGGAUACCAGUACCCUGGUUAUCGCGGUUACCAGUACGUGUUUGAGUGUGGACCCUUCAAGCACUGGAACGACUGGGGCGCUCACCACCCCCAGAUUCAGUCGAUACGCAGAGUGAGGGACAUGCAGACACACCGUCGCGGCUGUUUUGAGAUGACUGCAUAGGAGGGGUCAUGGCCGCAUGCAGCUGGGACGGAGGGACAAGGCCCUUUAGGAGACGACCCAGGAAGACCUCCAGUCUUCUCAAGAGGCCCACUCAUCUGGAGCUGUGUCACUCAAAGUCUUUUAAAAAGUGCCCCUCUAUCGCUUUCACCAGUACUAUAUUAAAGGGAUUUUGGGAAUCAGUCAUAAUGCUGCCAUAAAGGUAGUAGUAACUGAUUAACACCAGGAGACUUAAAACAUACUGGUAAUAGUGAUGGUAAAUGUUCUUUGUUGCAGCCCUAGAAUUAUAUUAUGGGAAACAGAUUUGAUAUUUACCACAAUAUUACAACUCUUAUAACCGAAGAUAGUAGAUCUUCUUUAGUUUUGUUUACAACUUUGUUCAUAUUUCAGCAGCCCCUUCCUUCAACUUUUAUACACUUUUUUCUCUUUUAUGUUUUUUAGCUAUAUUCUAAUUUAUUUGAUUAUCUCAAUUAAAUGAAACGCUUUCCAAAGCAUUUAUGUCAUAGGGGUUUUGGCCCAUUUUCGAGCCAAUGUAAAUCUUCUCAAAGCAGGCCUCGCUGCCCUGAAGGGAUCACUGUAGUGAGCAAAAUAACCCAAAAGGGGGCACUGUUCUCCCGCUCUGUCUUCAGUGGCGCAGAUUUACCCCAAGGUCACAUUUGCCACUUUAUAAAACCCUGAAUGAGAAAUUACUUCUUGAAGUUUGCACCAUCAGAUGCGUUCCACCAGGUUCGUGUGGAACAUAUAUGAGGUUCGCCACAUACACUCAUAAUGAUCUCAUAUGUCUACAACUGGGGAUAUCUGUGAAUGCCACCUUCAGUGGGAUGGUCGCCGGAUGGUGGUGUGUGUUUUACCGUGGACAGACUUUACACUCCCCUGUGACUGGCUGAUCCUGCAGUCAUGUUACACUGUAUCUUUCUCAGGGAUGCUGGCAUCUGGAAAGCAAUUUUCCUAAACGAUAAUAAAGAUUUCAAACCUCAGAAUUGAAAA